UCGUUGUCCCGCCCGUUCGUGCCGUCUUGGAGCUUCGUCAUCACUCCCAGAUCGAUCUCCUUCGCGUCCGAUUGAAGCUAGGCCUCUCCGCUCAUCUGUUAGUGCGAGCGUUCUCUUCGAUUGCAUCCGCUCUCUCGUUGCCGCUUCCUUCGUCUCUCUCUAGCGGGCAGAGCGGUCGCCGCCGCUACUGAUCUCUCGCCCUCGCCCUCGCCCUCGCCCUCGCACUCGCCCUCGCCCUCGCCGAACUAAUCUCUCGGCGAUCGCCUUCGCAUCUGCUUCCAAGUAAGUCAAUCGAUUCCUUCUUUCGGGGCUGGCAACUCGCACGCGAGGACGAGGGUACUGGUGCCGGUUCCGUGCAGGAACCUCAAACGCUGGAAUUCUGUGAUAGAUUAGAUAGUAACGCAUAUGGCGAGCUUUGGUAGCUUGGGUGUUGCUGCAGCUGGAAAUGCAAACCCUAACAAGUCUAUGGAGGUUGUUCCUGCUCCAAGUGACUCCGUUUCUAGCCUUAGUUUCAGCCCAAAGGGAAAUUACCUUGUUGCCACAUCCUGGGAUAAUCAGGUUAGGUGCUGGGAAAUUUUGGCCGGUAGUAGUCAACCAAAAGCUUCAAUAUCACAUGAUCAUCCGGUUUUGUGCUCUACUUGGAAGGAUGAUGGGACAACAGUUUUUUCAGGAGGCUGUGAUAAAAUAGUAAAGAUGUGGCCUUUGAUGUCUGGUGGACAACCUACAACUGUUGCUGCACAUGAUGCACCGAUUAAAGAUAUUGCCUGGAUACAACAAAUGAAUCUCCUGGUUACAGGGAGCUGGGACAAGACACUCAGGUACUGGGAUACUCGACAAGCGCAGCCUGUCCAUAGUCAGCAGCUUCCUGAACGAUGCUAUUCUCUGUCAGUGCAGUACCCUUUGAUGGUUGUUGGCACUGCAGAUCGACAGAUUCAAAUUUUUAACUUGCAAAACCCUCAGACAGUGUUCAAGACAAUCACAUCGCCUUUGAAGUACCAGACAAGAUGCCUUUCUGCAUUCCCUGAUCAGCAAGGGUUUCUGGUGGGAUCAAUAGAAGGGAGAGUUGGCGUGCACCAUCUUGACGAUGCACAACAAAGCAAAAAUUUCACAUUCAAGUGCCACAGAGAAGGCAACGAAAUAUAUUCUGUGAACUCAAUGAACUUCCAUCCUGUUCAUCAUACAUUUGCCACUGCUGGGUCUGAUGGCGCAUUUAAUUUCUGGGACAAGGACAGCAAACAAAGACUGAAGGCAAUGAGUAGGUGCCCAUAUCCCAUUCCAUGCAGCACUUUCAACCAUGAUGGUUCAAUUUUUGCUUAUGCUGUCUGCUACGACUGGAGCAAAGGUGCUGAAAACCACAAUCCAGCUACGGCAAAAACAUACAUCUACCUUCACAAUCCACAGGAAUCUGAAGUGAAAGCAAAACCACGCCUUGGAACUGGAAGCCGAAAGUGAAUGUACAACAUUCAGGGGCUGAACCGUCUCUCUACGGCCCAGCAUUGUCUUGCAGUAACACUGUAUUUUUUAUGCUAAAAAAAAAUGUGAAUCUGAGCAUUCUUAUACUGUUUGAGAACACAGAAAGUUGUUUGUUUCUUGUGAGCUUUUUUUUUUUUAAUGCUAAAAAAAAUGUGAAUCUGAGCUUUCUUAUUCUGUUUGAGAACAGAGAAAGUUGUUUGUU